AUGGUAGCACGUCUGUACUCUGCUCCACGUCGACAUCACGGACCCUGGGAGCGGAGCGUUUAUUACAAUGUGCGACUGCUUCCCUACACCGGGUCCGUCAAGGCGCUUAUCUACAUCUCCGAGUUUGCUAUCGGCGGGAAGACCACCCUGGAAAGGGCAAAAUUGGCACGUGCUCUGUGUAUGGUUGUCCCUCUGUCUGUGGAGUUCGGGAGUCUCGGGCCAUUCUCACCUGAUUGCUUCAAUAUACAUGGGCAGCAUCCAAUACCGGUCCUGCGUUUCUCAAAUCCGUUUAGCAGGAGCUAUUGGUCGUCGAGUAACUCCAGGGGCCGGCAUAGCAUAAUCGGGCACCAUACGCGGCGCGACGACCUCAUCGUUGCUACCGUGCCCCCAAGUUUCAAGGUCCAGCCAAUUCUGGACGAGAGCCAAUACGAUUACGAGAUUGCUUCAAACUAUAGUAUCCUCAAGACCUUUGCAGCCAUCGUUCAAAUCGUCUACGGGUGCUACGAGCUUUACGAGGCGCGCGGUACGCAGAUUAAUGCGUUCGGAUACGCCGCCUACUCACUGACGGUCAUCCCCUAUGUAUUCAUGUCGUUCUUGAAUCUUAUCGCGUCAAUGUGCCGGCCCAGCUAUCCGAGCAGAUAUCUCGUCUACUACCGCGGCCCGUACGAGGGCUGCCAGAAAUCGUGGGAGGAGAAAGAAGCGCUUGAGAGCCUUGAGACGGAGGUGGCCGGUGCCGUAGGCUAUGCGUAUGGCCUUUCGUGCGAGGGCGGGUAUCCCGACAUCACGAGCACGGAUUCAAUUCCGAUCAACGUUCUUAUCUUCUUCUUGCUGCUUGCGCCCUACAUCCUCAUCUACUUCUUGACGGGCUACAACCAAGGCCACAGCACGGUGACCCAGCGAACCUGGCUCAUGUGCUCGCUUGUCCUAGGGCAGCUGUUCACCUUGGUGGCUCAGCACCUCAUCUAUCCUAUCCAAAGGUGGUUCUUCCGUUGUCUCAAUUGCUCAUUGGAUGAUAAUGUGGUUUAUGCCGGUAUUUCUGUCAUACUGUCUGCGCCUACCGUGGGAGCCUUCGUUCAGGUGGCGUAUAUGAUCUUUCAGGACGAUGUGUGCAGGAAAAUAUGA